AUGGCGUCUGUGGUGCAAAUGAACGGCGGAGCACUUUUGAAUGAAGACACGGGCGAUCGUUCGGACGACUUCUCCGGCUUCCAGCGGUGGAUCGCCCCCGUCGGUUCCGCCUCUUCUCCGCCACCGAUUUCCGCUCCGGACAGCGAUCCCGAGGCGGCCUCGCCGAGGACGUCCAUCGUCGACUGCCUGCUGGUGGAGCUGUACGACACGUACGGCGGUAGGAGGAACGUGGACAGCUGGGACAGCUCCACCGAGGCGUCCGGCCCGGACGCUUUCCAGGGGCGCUGCGACGCCGGCUCCGGAUUCCUGCAAGAGCUCCAGGAGAAACACACCAGGAGGCACCAAGUCAACUAUUUGGCCCGCAAAGAGCCCAAGGAGUUGGUCGCCAUCAUCCAGGAGGUCAAAUACCGAACGGGCGUCCAGUCGGCCAAGCUGAUCCGCCAGUUGAGGCGGCGAGACAGACUGGUGCACAAAUUACAGAAGAAUUAUGACAUCAUCACCGCUUGCCUGCAGGCCGUCUCGCAGAAACGACGAGUGGACACGAGGCUGAAAUUCACCAUUGAACCUUCAGUUGGGAAGAAUGGAUUCCAGCAGUGGUACGACGCCCUCAAAGCUGUGGCCAGACUUCCGACCGGCAUUCCCAAAGAAUGGAGGAAACGGGUGUGGCUCACGCUGGCCGACCAGUACCUUCACAGCAUCUCCAUCGACUGGGAAAAGACGCUUCGCUUCGCGUUCAACGAGCGCAGCAACCCGGACGACGACUCUCUCGGCGUACAAAUCGUCAAGGACCUGCACAGGACAGGCUGCAGUUCUUACUGCGGCCAGGAGGGAGAGCAGGACAGGGUAGUCCUGAAGCGGGUUCUGCUGGCCUACGCCCGCUGGAACAAAGCGGUGGGCUACUGCCAAGGCUUCAACGUCCUGGCCGCGCUCAUCUUGCUGGUGACGCAAGGCGACGAGAGCGACGCGCUCAAGGUCAUGAUCUACCUGAUUGACAAAGUGCUGCCCGAGAGCUACUUUGCCAACAACCUCCGCGCGCUGUCAGUGGACAUGGCGGUGUUCCGAGACCUGCUGCGCGUCAAGCUUCCCGGACUGUCCCAACACUUGCACCGCCUCCAGAAGGCGGCCAACAAGGAGGCGGGAGGGAGCUACGAGCCGCCGCUCACCAACGUGUUCACCAUGCAGUGGUUCCUCACCAUGUUCGCCACCUGCUUGCCGGCGCCCGCCGUGCUCAAGAUUUGGGAUUCGGUUUUCUUCGAGGGCUCGGAAGUGUUGUUCCGAGUCGCUCUCGCCAUCUGGGAAAGACUAGGCGAGAGGAUUUUGUAUUGCCAGACGGCCGACGAGUUUUACAGCACCAUGGGCCGUCUCACCGGGGAGAUGCUGGAGCGCAACCUCGUCGAUCCUCCUCAACUCAUACAGGAGGUUUACGGCAUGGCGGCCUUCCCCUUCCCUCAGCUGGCCGAGCUGAGGGAGAAAUACACUUACAACAUCACGCCCUUCCCGACCUCGGUGGAGCCCGACGGAAGCGGCUGGGAGAGCGACGACGAGGCGGCCGAAGACGACGCGGUCGCGUCGGCGCUCGGCUGUUUGGGGCCGCUCGGAGGUCUGCUGGCGCCGGAAAUACAGCGAUACCAAAAGCACCUCAAAGACCAGCGCGACAUAGCGGAGCUGAGUCCGGGCGCGGUCGGGGGAGGAGCCAGGGCGGAACACGAGGCGGCCGUCAACGGCAUGAUGACGGAGCGGAUGAGCACGGACGUCCACGCGCUCAAGAAGCAGUACGCUCGCAUCAAGAGGCGGCAGCAGCGGCAGGCCGCGCAGCUCUUCAUACGCACAGGUGGGCCGGAUCGGGACCGGCGUCGACAAUUACAAUCGUAACGUUUGCGCUUCUCCCUAGACAAGUGUCCCACCACCCGGGUCUUGCCGUCCCAACUCAACCCUUCCGGCGCCGUCGUCAACCAUCUGCUCCUGGGUCGGAAACCCCGCGGUCCUCCCGGCGGCUCCCGGCCCUCCGACGGAAGCGCGUCUUCCGCGGGCUCUCCCUGGCGAGCCCGCGUGCGCGCCCAUCGGCAGAACGUGGCCCGGGCUCGAGCUCGGUUGGGCUUCGGAGAUUCGGGAGAGUUGGACGAGGAACGCGGGGAUACCCGAGUCGAUGACGGCGUCUCCUCCGAGCGCGAAGGGGUUUCGGCGGAGGCGGAAGAGGUGGAGGUGCGUCUCGGCGCCGUGGACUUGGAGGACGAAGGUUCACACCGGACUUUGGAUCGCCGACUCGUCCCUCUACCUUCUUCGAUCGCGCCAGAAGAACCGUCACAUUUGGAGGUCACCGCCGACAGGGUGACGUCCUCUUUUCCGGUUCCCCGCGCCGCUUCCUCCACCCCUGUUCAAGGCCACUACAAAACCUCGCCCUCCUCCUCCGCACCGUCGCCCUCCUCCGUCGGGUCCUCGUCUCGUUCUUACUUUCCCUCCUCCCCGUCGGAACCGUCCUUCUCACCGGCGGCCAAGACGCCAAUCUUCUCGCCCUUCCCGUGCGUCAAACUGCCCAGGAAGUCGGCGGCCGCUCGGAGCCUGGGCCUGUACGGCCCUACCUCGCGGACGCCCGCCGUGUGCUUCCCCCAGCUGAACCGCACCACCCGGAGACGCUGA